AUGGCGCACCGGAUGGACAACGAGUACGACUACCUCUUCAAGAUCGUGCUCAUCGGCGACUCCGGCGUCGGCAAGUCCAACAUCCUCUCCCGAUUCACCCGCAACGAGUUCUGCCUCGAGUCCAAGUCCACCAUCGGCGUCGAGUUCGCCACCCGCACCCUCCAGAUUGAAGGGAAAACCAUCAAAGCUCAGAUAUGGGAUACUGCUGGGCAGGAGAGGUACCGUGCAAUCACAAGUGCUUACUACAGAGGAGCUGUGGGUGCACUGUUAGUCUAUGACAUCACGAAGAAGCAGACAUUUGAAAACAUACAGAGGUGGCUUCGUGAACUCCGUGACCAUGCAGACUCCAACAUUGUGAUUAUGAUGGUUGGUAACAAGUCUGACCUUAACCACCUGAGGUCGGUUGCAGAGGAAGAUGGCCAGGCGUUAGCAGAGAAGGAAGGCCUAUCCUUCCUCGAGACAUCUGCGCUUGAAGCUCUUAAUGUUGAGAAGGCGUUUCAGACCGUACUCUCUGAUAUUCAUCAAAUCAUAAGCAAGAAGGCACUUGCAGCCCAAGAGGCAGCAGGCAGCGGGCCUCCAAGUCAAGGAACCACCAUCAACAUUGCAGAUUCAUCUGCCAACACGAAGAGAGGGUGCUGCUCUUCCUAG